CAAGGUAGACGGAAGUGACGCGGGGUGCUCAAAAGAGUUCAGUAAAGCAUCUGCGGGAAGCCAAACACCAGCUAGCGUCUUUUAUUUUCCAUCAAGAGGCAGAAGGAGGGGACUUCCAGGCGGUCAAAGGAGAUAACACCUGUGUGAGCAGGCCACAAAUAUGAAUCCUGUAUACAGCCCCGCACCAACAGGGGUCCCCUAUGCCAAUCCUAAGGGCAUUGGCUAUCCAGCUGGAUUCCCUGUUGGCUACGCAGCAGCCGCUCCAGCAUACACCCCAAACGUCUACCCAGGGGCUAACCCAGCCUUCCCAACUGGCUAUGCUCCAGGCACUCCUUUCAAAGUGUCCUGUUCUCCCACCACUGGGGCUGUCCCACCCUACUCCUCCUCACCCAACCCCUACCCUGCCGCAGUCUACCCCGUCAGGAGCACCUAUCCCCAACAGAACCCUUAUGCACAGGCGCUCUUACCUUCACAACAACAAGGCACUUACUACACACAGCCGCUAUAUGCAGCGCCGCCUCAUGUCAUCCAUCACACGACAGUGGUCCAGCCCAAUGGCAUGCCAGCGGCCAUGUAUGCCCCGCCCAUCCCGCCUCCUCGCCCAAACAGCGUUGCGAUGGGGAUGGUGGCUGGCACCACCAUGGCCAUGUCAGCCGGAACUCUGUUGACCACUCAUUCGCCAGCGCCCGUUGCCCCCCACCAAGUCACAAUGCCCACAUAUCGGGCCCCAGGCACACCCACCUACAGCUACGUGCCCCCUCAGUGGUGAACAGAGGGCAGCGUCAGAAGAUGGCAGAUAUGCAUUCACAGUCCAGUGUUUUUUACUAUUGGUGAUGACCUGCACCGCCAGUGUCUGCAGCCAGUUGCUCUUCUUCCAGCAUAAUGUGAAUCUGAAAUCCCGACCACGUAGAAUGAGGCUCACCUGGGAGGAGGCUGAAGAAUAGGCCCGUUCCCAAGGCCCCUCUCAAUGGAAAACGCUGCCCUCCUUCACGCACUCUAUAACCUGCUGCAUAUCUCGCAUCCAAUGGCAAAGUCUCCAUGCAACCCCUGUUUAUUUCUUUUUUCUUUUUUUUGUGGACUGUCUUGCAGAUUUUUAUAGCUUACUCUCUUACUAAGUGGUGAAAAGGGAGUUUGGAUUUCUUAUUUUUUUUUAUUUUUUAUUUUAUUUUAUUUUAUUUUAUUUUAUGUCUGGGAUCCAUAUGAUGUUGAAUGCAUGUGUAUAUAUAGAUAUAUGAAAUAAUGCUAGCUCAAUCUACCUGCUGUGACAGAUGCAAAAUCAACAAAAGGCAUAAAUCCAAAGGAAGUUAAAAAAAAAAAAAAAAAAACAAGGAAAAAAAAGAGUAAUAAUCUGCAAUGCUGAAUCACCGAUGACCAUGUCUUAAAUGUGAAAGAAGACGAGAACUGUUUCUUCAUGCGAAAACAUAACUGCUCAAACGGGUGCAGCCCAAACUGCACUGUUUUCACCGCUUUGUGUUUUUGGUAAGUGAUGCUAGGUUUUUAUUCUUUCUCCGAGUGAUGCGGUGUAUGCAUUCUGUCUUACCAUUUUUGUAUUUUAGGAAACAGACGGGACUUUGAGUUUGUGCCUGUGACUGACGGCCAUUCCGACACUUAACUAUUCAAGUUUCUUUCUUGCCCCGUGGAAGCCGUUAGGAAGCGAGCGCGGGGCUUUUCCACAGCUCUCACACAGCUUCCUCUCCCUGCACAGAAAACACUUCUUUUAGCCAAAAGCAUUCUCGACAGGGGACAAAUGGAGGAAGCUGUUUAAAAUGAUUUGCACCCUUCAGUGAGUGAAUGAGCUGUGUGAGUGUGAGGGUGUGUGUGUGCGUGAGAUAGUGGAUCAGUAUAGAAACCAUUAAAAAAUGGUGUUGUGCCAUACAGCGGGACAUAUGCCUAUAUGUCACAACAAUCAGUAUGUUCGUACUUUUUAAGUAAGUCUGAAGCACUACACGAUUAAAUCACUGCUAAUGUUUGCUCAGAGGAGCAUCGUUUUUUUUUUAUUUUCAACUCGAUUUGUGACUAGCACUACUGAAGGAAAGGCACUAAUUCUGUAGUCAAAACAAUCUGUAAGAUAUCAAACCUUUUCCAUCGCUCACUGUUUUACCUCAAGGUUCCAGCCAGACCCACCAGUAUCACUGUCUCCAACUUGCUCUUCUAUGUUGCCUCGGUCACCUCAGUUAAAUAAUCUGUUUUGUAAAUGUUAUUUUUGUGUUUUUUGGUUCUUGUU